AUGGCACCACCGACGUUGAAAGGAAACGAGGGACCUUUGGGGACUGAAGAGUGGAUACGUCAGAUGGAAUGCAUUUUCAACUACAUGCGUUGUAGAGAUGACUCGAAGGUGACAUGUGCGGCCUUCCAACUUAUAGAUGAUGCAGGGCAUUGGUGGGAGUCAGAAACUGCUGCCCUUACUGAGGAGCAGGUGAGAGCCAUCAGCUGGCGGACAUUCAAGGAGAGAGUGAUGGGGAAGUAUUUCCCAAAGGCUUUUCGCAAGCAAAAGGAGAUAGAGCUCAUGAACCUGAAGCAAGGGAACCUGACCGUGCUGGAAUACGAGCGAAAAUUUACCCAACUAGCUCGUUUCACCCCUCACUUGGUGGACACUGAUGAGAAGAAGGCAUGGAGGUUUGAGAAUGGGUUACGCCCUGAGAUUGGUGGACACUUGGCAGCUCUCAACAUCACAUCAUACUCAGAAAUCUUGGAGCGAGCUCAAGCAGUCGCAUCACGCCUCAAACUAGACAACUCGAUUGCUCGACCUCAACAUACUGGAGGAAAGAGGCAGUGGGAUGAUCGAGACAAAAAGAGAAGCAAUCAACCAGAAAAGAAACCAAGGAGUAAUAUGGGAGACAACCAAGGAUUUAUGCCGAACAAGCCUCUAUGCCCACGUUGCCAGCGUCACCAUUUUGGAGAGUGCAGAUAUGGCGAAAAUAACAAGAAUAAUAACUGGGGAAUGAAUCAGGGCAACAACAACAACAACAAUGAUGCUCGUAGGGGAGAGGCACGAGUCUAUGCCAUGAAUCAGGAAGAGAUGAAUGGGGAGGCUCAGACCAUGUCAGGAAAGGCGGUGGAAAUAGAUCGUUUGGCUAAAGGAGUACUAGUGGAAAUCGGAAAGAGAACCCUGGAGGCAGAACUGUUCAUCCUGGAAAUGAUGGACUUUGACGUAAUCCUAGGCAUGGAUUGGCUAAGUCAGAACCAUGCGGUGAUUAAGUGUCGUGACCGCGAAGUAGUCUUUCAACACCCAGGGAAGGACCAAUUUUCCUUUCGAGGGAACAAAACCAGGAGGACUCCCCAUAUCAUCUCUGCCAUGAAAGCUGUCAACAUGAUGAAGAAGGUGGAUUGUCAAGCUUGUCUAGUGAACGUGAUGAGCUCAACACCCGCAGAUUUGAAGAUCGAGGACAUACCUGUUGUGAGGGAAUACCCAGAGGUGUUUCCAGAGGAUGUAACUGGAAUACCACCGGACAGACAGGUGGAGUUCACCAUCGACCUUCUCCCAGGAGCAACGCCCAUAUCUAAAGCACCAUAUAGAAUGGCACCACCCAAGUUGGAGGAGUUAAAGAUCCAAAUUCAGGAGCUCUUGGACAAAGGGUUCAUACAUCCUAGUGUGUCCCCUUGGGGCGCACCCGUCUUGUUUGUAAAGAAGAAAGACGAGACCAUGAGAAUGUGUAUCGACUACCGUGAACUCAACAAACUCACCAUCAAGAACAAAUACCCUUUGCCUAGAAUCGAAGAUUUAUUCGAUCAACUGAAAGGAGCAGGAGUUUUCUCAAAAAUCGAUCUGAGGUCAGCGGUGUUCAUGGACUUAAUGAACCGGGUUUUUCAUCAAUACCUGGAUAAGUUCGUCAUCGUUUUCAUAGAUGACAUACUGGUGUACUCAAGAGAUCAAAGUCAAUAUGAAGAACAUUUGGGCUUAGUAUUGGAGGCACUCCAGAAGGAAAAGUUGUACGCCAAAUUCAGCAAGUGCGAGUUCUGGCUUGAUCGGGUGGUAUUUCUUGGACACGUGGUCUCAGCCCAAGGAAUUGAAGUGGAUCCAUCGAAGGUUGAAGCAGUUCACAACUAG